UCUGCCGAUCUGCUAAGGCAGUCCAGAGAAAGGAGAAGGGCAUUUGAUAGGAGCUAACUUUUCCUUGCCAGCCUCAACACCAGCAUUAUCGACACCCUUUAUAAAGAAGGGUAUCUGCUGCUGGUUGAUAAUGGUGAGCAGGGGCUUUCAUUGGUAUAGGAAGUAACCUCAGUGACCUUCAGCCGAGAAGAAGGUAUAAAAACCAAAGUGUUUUUCUUGGGCGACUGUUUGGGCACCGGUUGAAUUUCUUAGUUUCUGAGGAGGACGUGUUUUAGGGAAAUUUUGUGAGAAAAUGGCAACUUUAAAUGAAAAAAAGACCUGCAGCGAACGGAUGGAAAAUUUCCGUCGUUUUGUCUGGAAUCCAGAGACAAAGCUCUUCAUGGGAAGGACCUUAAUUAACUGGGUGUGGAUCAGCCUGUACUACCUGGCUUUCUACGUGGUGAUGUCGGGGCUGUUCGCGCUCUCCAUCUAUUCUUUAAUGAGGACGGUGAAUCCAUACGAGCCGGAUUACCAGGACCAGCUGAAAUCCCCAGGUGUAACGUUACGACCCGACGUUUAUGGGGACAGAGGACUACAAAUUUACUACAACGUAUCCGACAACAAAACCUGGGAAGGUUUAGUGACAACUCUUCAGACAUUUCUGACAGCGUAUACGCCCGCCGCGCAGCAUCUCAACAUCAACUGCACCAGCGACACAUACUUCAUCCAGGACACCUUUGACGGCCCGAAUAAAACAAAACUCUCCUGCAAAUUUACCUCAGAUAUGCUUCAAAACUGCUCCGGCAUCACAGAUCCAACUUUUGGAUUUCCAGAAGGAACCCCCUGUUUUAUUAUAAAAAUGAACAGGAUUAUCAAGUUUCUCCCUGGCAAUGGCACUGCACCAAGGGUGGACUGCACAUACGUGGGUGACGAGUCUCGCCCGCUGGAGGUGGACUACUACCCCGUGAACGGGACCUUCAACCUGCACUACUUCCCCUACUACGGAAAAAAGUCACAGCCCAGCUACAGCAAUCCUUUGGUAGCUGUGAAAUUUCUCAACAUUACAAGGAAUGUCGAACUUAAAAUAGUGUGCAAAAUCAUUGGAGCUGGAAUUACCUUUGAUAAUGUUCAUGAUCCAUAUGAAGGAAAAGUGGAAUUUAAAUUGAAAAUAGAAGACUGAGCAGCAACAGAGACACUUCUGAAAAACACGUGUGAAGAGCAAACUUACCUAUUAUCACGUUCAUCCGUAUUUAUUUUCUCACUAUGA